AUGGUUGAGGAAAGGCUCCAAAUUAUCAUUUGGGGGCAGAAGUCUACCAUCCCAACUUUUGCGCAAGACAACUUGGCUGCCCACAACUCAUACCUCUCAAAUCCUAUAGGAGUUGCAAUCGGACCACUUCUUGGAGGGACUUGGAUGCAUAAGGACGCUAGGUGCGCGGUGAACAAGAUAAAUAACAGUGCAGACGCUCUCGAUCCGGCCUGGGAGCCCAAUUCCUUCAGUUCUGCCGAGUUUGACGCUUGGUGGAAGGCUAGAUUUCAAGGCCUGCCUGCUUCCAGCACUGCCCUAAAAUCCUUUUCGAUGGCUGGGAUUCCUAGGUUGUUCAUGCAGGAAAGGAGACUCAUAAAUUAUGGUGCAGACCAUAAAAGACGUGGCCAAUCUAUCCAGGCUGGAGAAAUUAUUGUCACUUCUGUUAUUGUUGCUGGAGAUCUGGGGCUGCCCUCUGUAGAUGAAGAGGAUGAAAUUGAGGCAGAGAAACCAGCUGCUGAGGUCACUCCUUCUGGCAGAAGGAAAAGAAAGGAAACUACUUUUGCCCAGCAUAGUGUCGCUCAACCUGCGACUUCAGCUGAAAGUCCCUCUCCCCCUCCUACUAAGUCAAAAAGACUUAGAAAGAGGACUGUGGUGGAAUAUGUGGCCACGAAGGGAACUGUAGUAGCUCCCACUAGUACUUCUGGUACAGAUGAAGAGCUAAGAAAGGCCUUUAAGGCAGUGGAGCAGGAGAAAGAGUUGGAAGAGCUAGAAGAAGGACCUCAAGAAAAGGCAAAGAUGGUGGAAGAAGAGGAGGAAAUUCCUGCUAAAGUGAUUGUAGAGAGCAUCGCUUUGGCCCAGAAGCAGCAAGAGAACACAAGGGCAGAGCUGACCAGCUCAGAGUUGGCCCUCUUUGAGGAACCAGAAGCACUCCACUGCUGUUCCGACAGUUGA